AUGGUUCAUGUAGCCGUACCGAUCGGUAUUCUUUUCUGGUGCCUUUUGAACCACGUCAGAUCAAGAGCUGUGGUUAGCAGAACGUCUAACUUGACGGUAAAGGAUCAUAUGUUUUACGGUGUGAAGACACUAUCUGACGGGCGCGUCUCCAUUACCACUCUUGCGAAACAAGCGGACGAGCACAAAAGUUCGUGGAAGACGGAUACCGGAAACAGUGCUGCCACUGCUAUCCCUAAUUAUUCCACAGAUCUGAUCUGGACCAGAUCCGAUGAAGGUCCUGUGCAUUUCAAGCAUGCAUUUAUCCGACAGUUUUUGAACGAACUCUCGCAGUCACUCGAAACGGUUGUUGACCAGGCCGGCGCCGAAGAAAAGCGAGUCUCGCUGACCACUGAUGAUUACCGUAAUGAUAUUAAGGAUUUGAAGCUGCAAAUGGAGCGAAUGAUGAAACACAGUGCGAAAGCCGAUGUCUUUACGAAGAAACUUGAAAGAAAAGAUCAUGACUAUCAGGUAGAUACGAUGACCAGCCCAACGACGGCUGCCACCAUAUCAUUACUGCAAGAAACAACUUUGUUGACUACCGGUAAAUUCGAAGUUUCAGACUCAGUCGUCAUUGGUUCACCUUUCCAUCUGUCAACCUUACUUGAUUCAGCUAGCACUGGUGGCAAAAUAGCCAUCUCUGACGAUCUCGAAAGCUACUCUCCGCCGAAGCUUCUUGACGAAAAGCGUAUGGAGUCAACUUCCGCUCCCUUACUCGCCGGCAACAGACGAUCAUUCAUGGUGUAUAAGGAUGAGGUCAUAACAGCUUACGUAAAUCAGACACAAUCGAAUGGGACGCUGUCCAACAGCAACGUGUCAACUGACCUGAAUAUCAGCACAAUUCUCCGAAGUUACGACAAUAACAGCCAGAUGGCCAACCGUACCACUGACCCCGUUCCAAAGGCACGCAAGGGAAAUGAACAGAAGGAACUGCGUCUGUUGCGGCCACUAGUCAUUUCGUCCGCGGCAGCAUUUGUGAUUCUUGUGGUCAUGGUUGUGGUCCUUACCGUCGUGUUCUAUCACCUAAACAAACCAAAGUUCAAGUGGACUCUGAAACAUCGAAAGUUUCAUGGACUAGUUCCUUACCUGCAAAGUGAUUACUUUCCUCCAGGAAACGCACCGAGUCAACUACAGGGUUACUGGUUGAAAUGGAAUGAUUCAAAUUCACAAGCAGCGACGAUGCAGAUGGAGAUUCAAGAAAGAACCUCGAACCGGUGUUCCAGCGUUCUCGACAUUGACGGCGGCCUUAGUGAAAAUUUGGUCAGCAGCAGUGGUCGAAUGGUAGCAUUUUAA